UUCGGCUCGCGCGGGCUUCCGUACGCACGUGCAUGGAUAUUCGAUAAAGUUCUGUUUAAUGAUCAGUGUAUACUGUAUAAACAGUGACAAAGGUGCUUAUAAACGAGUUUUAACGUUGCGGAACCUGAGUGAUUCGCUGCAGACUCCGCGCAGGGCAUUGACCGCCAACACGAUCUCGAGCCGAAGCGGCGGCGGCGGCAUGGAGUGCGGCGUGGCGGCGCGCGCCCCCCCGCGGCCCGCGCACCCCGCGCUCUCGCCCACCGAGCGCUCGCCCGCUAAGGCCGGCCUGCACGUUAACUUCAGCGAUAAGGGAGAAAAGGUGAAGGAAAGGCGGGAGAAGUUCCUGACGGCGAAAUAUGGCAGCCACCAGAUGGCGCUGAUCCGCAAGCGGCUGGCCGUCGAGAUGUGGCUCUACGACGAACUACAGAAAUUAUACGAUGCCUCGAACGAAGGCGGAGGCGGCGCGGCGGCGGCGACGCAGGAGGUGGAGGUGGACAUCGACGAGCUGCUGGACAUGGACAGCGACGACCUACGCCGGCGACAUCUCGCGACGCUACUAGUUGAUGCCAAGAAGCCACAAAAAGAUGUACAUAAAUUCAUCAACGAGCUUUUGGAAAAGGCUAAAACAUUGUAAAGUUUUCGGGAGCAAUCUCAAGACUCGCCGCGCCGCGUUUUCGCGGCCGCGGCCGGCUGUAUAUACUGCGAGUGCCUCGACUGAAGCACAUUAGCUAUAUAAGAAUAGGAUAAUUCAUAAACAGAUUGACUGGUGAGACAUGUUCAAUACUCGAGGACGUGAUA